AGAUCAAGUACAAGUGGACGAUGACUUAUAGUCCAGAUUACUAGGCUUGAUGCCAUUAGAGCUGGCUGAGCAAGGAUCAAACUUCUCCAACCAGAUAUCGGUAAACAAACAAAAAUUCAGUCGGAAAGUGCCGCUCAGCUGAAUACAACACAACCGAUCCAUAUAUCUACAUAACAUACAUAUUAGUGGACGCCAUUGGUAAGAGCUCGCCAUGAACUGCGUCGACUCUAUUAACAUAUUGGCGAAGGGAAGCGACUUCCAACCCAUUAUCUCGGUGCGGGAGAGGGAGUUAGUUCUGAACCUGCGGGACCUGGUGGCGGUGCGUUUCGAGCAGGCUAUUAAAAACAUUUUGCUGGUCUUUGGUGGUCAGGUGCUACGCGAUGCUGGCACUAUGGACACCGUUGGCAUCACAUCUGGAGUUACUGUGCAUGUGGUGUGCUUUCGGGGUAACAUUGUACACACCUCACCACCAUCGGAAACUGUUGACGUUUCUACGUCGAUACCGUCGAUGUCCAUCGACUGCUUGGCCAAUAUUACAAAUUCGAAUCGCCUCAAGAUGCUGGUAAAGCGGAAUGUGCGCAUGAAAGUCAUUCAGCUGGCCUAAUGUCCGGCUAAGCAGGAGUAUGAUCGCAUCGGACUUGAUUUGUUAGUAAGGCGUAUGAAGCUCUUCCCUGGUGGGCCCCAGCUUCUGGCCCUUCUCGGCAAAAUGCGCACAUACACACACA